AUGAAUUAUGAAAGUAGUGAAGAUGGGUUCGAAACUGACGAUAAUAGCGUUACAGAUCCCGAUUUUGAUCCUGAGGGCGAUAUAAGUUCAGACUUUGAACUCGAUUGUAAGCAAAAUGACGUUCUUUUGGAAAACGAAAGGGAAGAUAUUGACGUUCGCUUAGAGGAAUCAGCCAUGCCUACAAAUGCCACUCAGAAAGGAUCGUCACAUCGCCCUAAACCAAAAAUGAAUGUAGUCUGGAAGAAAAAGAAUAUUGAACUAAACGAACAUCAAAUACGUUUCACUGGAAAGGAAGAACUGCCUGCUGAUAUUUUGGAUUUGGAAACACCCAUACAGUUUUUCCUAAAAAUAUUUCCUCUUGAAUUAAUCAAAGAUAUUGCGCAACAAACUAACCUAUACAUAAGGGAAAAGGAUCCCAACAAUAGUUUCCAUGUAUCCGAAAUCGACGUUCAACAAUUUAUUGGGAUAACAUACAUGAUGUCUUUGGUGCACCUCCCGAGAGUGACGAAACAUUGGAAUAACGAAAUCGGUACACCUUUCAUAAAGGAAACAUUGGCAGCGAAUAAGUUUGAAAAAUUGAGACAAUGUAUUCACUUUAAUGACAAUUCUAAGAUGCUUUCUCGUGAUCAUCCCCAAGCUGAUAGAGUUUUUAACAUUCGACCAAUAUUGGCAAAACUAGACGAAACUUGCAAAAAAAUUCCGCUACAAAGUCAGCUAUGUGUAGAUGAGCAAAUUUGCUCCACCAAAGUUCGACAUAACCUAAAACGAUAUAACCCUAAAAAGCCGAAAAAAUAG